GGAAUGGAGCCAAACCUUUCAGCUAUUCCCCACAAGAUACGAAAUCCACAAAGUGUGCAGCUUCAUUUGAGGUUCAAAACGUUUGAAAGCGUACGCACAGAGACUCCUCCGUCAACUAACAAAGUCAAGAGAGCAUCGUCUUUCCCUCCUCUGGCUCUACCCCUAUCUCCGAUCGUCUCAGAUGGAUCACGGCCUUCCCAUCCCCGGCAUUCCUCUCGGUGCCGCCAUCUCUUGCUAGGGUUUCUUUCUCUGCAACUCAAUUGUUCAUUCUGAGUUGCAUCGAGAAGGCGCGCGAUCCAUGGCACUGUUCCAUCGUGGCCUCGUCUUGGGGCUAUUGUGCCUUUUCGGGUUAGGGUUAGGCUUGGACUUUGGGCGCGCUCUGAAGGUGCCUUUUAGGGCGAAGGACGUGCUCCCGGUUCUGCCGCGUCAGAUAUCGUGGCCUGUCCUUAACACUCUUCACAGCGCUGUUGAUUUGCUGCCUUCUUACAUUGGGUCGCUGACUCCGGACAAUGGAUCAAUAGACUGGAAAGGGGCUUGCUUUUACGACAACCGAGCUUGGAUCGAGUUUACCGAGGGCAAUCGCAGCAGCGAACACGGCUUGGGCGGUGGCGUUAUCUAUCUCACGACAUCUGCAGCCCACAGCUGGACAUGUAUGGAUCUGUAUGUUUUUGCAACACCCUAUAGAGUUACUUGGGAUUACUAUUUCUCUGCUCAUGAACAUAAAUUAGAUCUUGGAUCUUGGGAAGAACCUGCAGAGUUGGAAUAUGUAAAAAGGCAUGGAAUCUCUGUAUUUCUUAUGCCGUCAGGAAUUCUGAGGACGUUGCUUUCUUUAGUGGAUGUAUUGCCUCUCUUUUCGAAUUCUGCCUGGGGUCAGAAUGCUAAUAUUGAUUUUCUGAGGGAGCACAUGGGUGCAUCAUUUGAAAGACGUCCACAGCCUUGGCGUGCAACUAUCAAUCCUGAAGAUGUUCAUUCUGGCGAUUUUUUGGCAUUGUCGAAGAUCCGUGGUCGUUGGGGCGGUUUUGAGACAUUAGAAAAAUGGGUAACUGGAUCAUUUGCUGGUCACACGGCAGUUUGCCUGAAAGAUGAAAUGGGCGAUCUUUGGGUUGGUGAAUCAGGACACGAGAAUGAAAAGGGUGAAGAAAUUAUUGUGGUUCUUCCUUGGGAUGAAUGGUGGGAUUUGGCUCUUGAGGACAAUUCUAAUCCACAUAUAGCUUUGCUUCCUCUGCAUCCUGAGCUGCGGGCAAAAUUUAACAAUACUGCAGCAUGGGAGUAUGCUCGGAGCAUGUCAGGCAAGCCAUAUGGUUAUCACAAUAUGAUAUUCAGUUGGAUUGACACCAUAGCCGACAACUAUCCACCUCCUCUCGAUGCUCACUUGGUCAUUUCUGUCAUGUCUAUGUGGACUAGAGUGCAGCCAGCAUAUGCUGCGAAUAUGUGGAAUGAAGCUCUAAAUAAGCGCCUUGGUACUGAGGGCCUGGACUUGGUUGGAAUUUUAGCCGAGACUGAAAGGCGUGGCAUUAGCUUUGAUCAUUUGCUUGCCAUUCCAGAGCAAGAUGAAUGGGUAUACAGUGAUGGGAAAUCUACAACAUGUGUUGCCUUUAUCCUUGAAAUGUACAAAGAGGCAGGAAUAUUUGGCCCUGUUUCUAGCUCAAUUCAAGUAACUGAGUUCACUAUUCGAGAUGCAUACAUGCUUAGAAUUUUUGAGAACAACAAAACCCGCCUGCCAAGUUGGUGCAACAAUGAGGAUGACCAGAUCCCAUUUUGCCAAAUUCUGGGUGAGUAUCAAAUGGAAUUUCCCCAGUAUAACACAAUCGAGCCAUAUGCCAAGAUGAAUGAAAAUUGCCCUUCUUUGCCCCCUGUUUACAACAGACCUGUACACUGUUAGAUUUUAACUCGACCUAAAAUUUGUUCGAGUUAAUUGGUCUUCCUCAAAUAUUUGGUGAUGCUGCCCAAGCCUUUUUUACACCUUUUAUCAUUUACUAGGUUAUAGAAUUUCCUUGGUGUGCCAACACUUUGAAUUAUGCUUUGGCUUCUACUCAAUAAUGAGUUUGUAAAUAUUUGUUAUUUAAGCACAUGCACUUUCUUCCCUUUGGUUCUCUCAGUUGUGUCUGCUGAUCAGACUGCUGCAAAUUGUUGAAGGAAUUCUUUUUUCCUUCCAAUCUAAAUCCAUGCCAGUCCUGUUAAAUUUAA